GAGCCAGGCGGGCAGCGCCGAGGCCUGCCCCGGGGGAGCCUGCCUGACCGCCAGGCUGGAGCUCAGCCCGCUGGGCCAGGCCGGGCUUGGGUUCUGGGGCGGCCCGUACCGAGACAACUGUUCCAACCGCUUUAACUGUCCCCUCCUUACUGGCGGAGGUGUGGCCCACCGGGGGGCACCUGCGGGAGAACGAGUCCCGGGCUUCCAAGAGGAGGGACGGAGGCCGGGACGUGGCACCGGGGGCUGAGGCGCUGACGGCUCGAGGAGUGGCCCAGUUGGGGUGGCAGAGGCGCGCCCAGCUUCUCGCUCCACCCACCCUUGAUUCCCUGGAGCUGCCGGGGUGGUUAGGAGCCGGGCUGGAUCUUGAUUUCCCAGCGCCCCAGAUGCGGGAGGCGAGAGCAGGAGCAGCCCGCGUUGGCAGAGACUGGCAGUCUCGUGACUGUCUGCCUGCCCCGAACUGCUAAUCAUCCGCUUUGGAGUUGGGGAAAGUCUCACCAACCGACCCCGGUUGCUUGGAUUCGCUUCUUAUUUUUCUCUGGGAAACGAUGAGGCUUUCUUGAUCAUGGAUGGUGAAGAUAUACCGGAUUUUUCAAGUUUAAAGGAAGAAACUGCUUAUUGGAAGGAACUUUCCUUGAAGUAUAAGCAAAGCUUCCAGGAAGCUCGGGAUGAGCUAGUUGAGUUCCAGGAAGGAAGCAGAGAGUUAGAAGCAGAGUUGGAGGCACAGUUAGUACAGGCUGAACAAAGAAAUAGAGACCUGCAGGCUGAUAACCAAAGACUGAAGUAUGAAGUGGAGGCGUUAAAGGAGAAACUAGAGCAUCAGUAUGCACAGAGCUACAAGCAGGUCUCAGUGUUAGAAGAUGAUUUAAGUCAGACCCGGGCCAUUAAGGAGCAACUGCAUAAGUAUGUGAGAGAGCUGGAGCAGGCCAAUGAUGACCUGGAGCGAGCAAAAAGGGCAACAAUAGUUUCACUGGAAGACUUUGAACAAAGGCUAAAUCAGGCCAUUGAACGAAAUGCAUUCUUAGAAAGUGAGCUCGAUGAAAAGGAAUCUUUGUUGGUCUCAGUACAGAGGUUAAAGGAUGAAGCCAGAGAUUUAAGGCAAGAACUAGCAGUUCGGGAACGACAACAGGAAGUGACCCGCAAGUCUGCUCCCAGCUCUCCAACUCUGGACUGUGAGAAGAUGGAUUCUGCGGUCCAGGCUUCACUCUCCUUGCCUGCAACGCCUGUUGGGAAAGGCACAGAAAACAGUUUUCCUUCACCAAAAGCUAUACCAAAUGGCUUUGGAACCAGUCCACUAACUCCUUCUGCUAGGAUAUCAGCACUAAACAUCGUGGGAGAUCUCUUGCGGAAAGUAGGGGCUUUAGAAUCCAAGUUAGCAGCUUGCAGGAACUUUGCAAAAGACCAAGCAUCCCGCAAGUCUUAUGUUCCAGGGAGCGUUAACUGUGGGGUAGUGAACAGCAACGGCCCAGAGUGCCCAAGGUCAGGGCGAGCAACUUUCUUCCAUAAAGGGGCAGUAAAUGGCUUUGAUCCAGCUCCUCCUCCUCCUGGGCUGGGCUCCUCACGCCCAUCGUCAGCACCGGGUAUGCUGCCUCUCAGUGUGUGAGUGCCCGGCUUCCAGGUGGGGCCCCUGCCCUCUUCCAGCAGCCCAGGACACCUACGCCUCGUCCCUCGGUGCCUGGGUCCAGCCCUGUGCCCCUCUGUCCGCCUCUUCACCGCUGGCAGAGGGCAGGCUGCAUGCAGUGGCGGCUGCUGGGCCCUGCCCAGCCCCAGGACUCUGCGCGAUAUCAAUACUGGCUAUUUUCUCUUCUCGCCGUAGUGCCGUUGGUUUCACAUGAUUGCACUUUUGUGGGUCACAAGUGAUACAUACGUGUAUUACUCGAUCACUGGAUGUGGAAGUACCCAUUCAUCACAUCUGCCUCAUAGCCCCCAUCUUUGCUGUGCUGAUAGGAUUUAGUUGUGUUUAGGACAUUGCAGAUCUUCUAGAAGUUUCCCCUCAAUCAGGUUGAUAAGACCUUCUAAGCUUCUGCCAAGCAUCUUCAGUGCUCACAAUCAUGUGUCCCCUAGCCUCACCCCUGCAGUUCAGGCCUGUUUCUGUCAGAGUCAGGAACAUCUCUGAAUUAUGGAACACUGUCUGUACCUUCUGACUUUAUGUAAGCAGUCCAUUCCAUUGCUUGUUUCUCAAAGCAGCGAGAUACCUGUCUGAGCUGCAGGAGGCAGGGGCAGCUGGGACAUGGGCACUUCAGGGCCGAGCCUCUGUGUUGCCUUCUCCUCUGUCCUCAGACUCAGGAGGCAGGUGGCAAUCUCCUCGCCAGCAUUCUAGGCCCUCAGUUCAAUGACAUCUCUCAGAGCAUUUUUGUUUUCUCCUCUGAAGGUCCAUCCAGUUGCAUUGGGAAGGGUUGAGGGGCCUGAUUCUGGGGCUGGCUAGUGCCAGCUCUCGGGGGCAGACUGGCUAGGUGUUUGUCCCUUGCACCCUAUGAUUAUUCUCAUGCUGCACUUACUGUUUACAUUUGUUUUAUUGUACAUAGGUUUGUAAACAUUAUUGCCUAAGAUAUUUGUAUAUAACUUGGGCUUUGUAGCUUUUAUUUAUUCAGACUCAUAUGGCAUGUUAAUUAAUGACUUACGAUGGUGUCCUACUCUGGGCAGCUGUAUAGGAUCAUCAUGUGGUUAAAAGAAGAUACUUCCCUCCAAAAAAAUCUUUUAAUGUGGAAACAAUAAAUUUCACAGAAAAAAAAA